AUGCUGAACAUAAUAUACAACAUUCUACUAACAUGUACCAGUGUCAUGUCUAUGAGUAUGUCCAUAUUGGUAAUAUUCAUUGCUUUGAAAAGGUCACCUACUGGAAUGCACACUUAUACACCUUACAUUGUUAAUUUUACUGUAAGUGGAAUUGUUUGUAACAAAACGUUUUGACUUCAAAAACGUGCAACAUUAGUUUAAACCCUUUGUGUUAAUUGUAGUUAACUAGAAUAUAAACUUUUUUGUAAUCUGUUUGUGCUGACUAAUCACUAGACGUACUUAACAAAGAAUGAUACGUCAAAAAAAGUGUUGUAAAACAAGUACUUUGUGCUAGAAAAAACUAAUUUGCACAUAGAUUAGGCGUAAUGCGGUUAUUAAGAAUACUGAUUAGUUAAGUUAUCCAAAACUGUCAUUAUUUUUUAAAAUUAAUUGGCUGAAGGUAUUGUCUGUAAAUCAUCACCUUUACCAGUAAAAAUCAGACUUUUCAAAAAAUUUUAAAAAGGCCUAGCUGUAGCAAAAGACAAAACCGGAGCUGGAGCCAAAACCGAAAGUUUUAAGUCUAUAAACUCUGGCCAAAAUUUUAAAAUUUUAGUUUAGUAGAAACACGUAAACCACUGUUUUUUUAUAUGUUUUAAACCAAUCUUUUCAGAUAUGCGACCUUCUAGUGUCUGUAACAUACGGUAUUUUAGUACGGCCACGUGAGAUAUACCCAUACGACUGUAUUUCCAUUAACGGGCUUGUCAAGUAUCUUCCGGCUUAUAGUGGGUUUGUAUCAGUGAGUAAAAUACAUUUUUAUAAAGUGCAUUAUCAUAACUUUUCUAAUUGAUACGAAUGUUACAGUACUCUUAGUUAAGUCAAAAUUAGCUUCCUCAAAUAUAACAAUACAUAUAAGACUAGACAUUGUAGUUGACGAAAUAUACGACCAAUUUUUGUGUUCAACCUAGAAAGAAUUCCCCUUUUUACGUUAUUAUAACUAUGUCCUUUAAAGACUAAUGUUCAAAAUACUGUAUCAUUUGAAAUUUUUUUUUCUUUACUACAUAACUUAUAUUGUAUUUACCACACUCAUUAAUAAAUCUAUUACAGACAAUGUUAAUGCUAAGUGGGUUAGUACUUUGUAUCUCAGCGCAAUGCCACUGCAUCAUCUACCGUGUCUUGGUACUUUUGGAUGACAAAAGGUUAUUUGUGCUAUUUAAAAGUAAAAAGAAUUGGAUAUUGACGUAUACGAGCAACUUCACCUAUUGCAUCUUCAUUAGUUUGAUGCUGUUUAAAGUGCAACUAAAACCGGACGUAAGUGUUCCUAAUUUUAACAUUUUUUGUCUUGUUGUAUGAAGUAGGUUAAGAAAAUGUUUUAAAAAGUACUCUGUAUUUGAGGACUACAUUUAAGGACUUAUAGAAAAUUAGGAAAAAAUGUACUUUGGUUAACAUAAAGUACCAAAAUAUACUUUCAAAAACCACUUACAAGAAAAGUUCUUAACCUGCUCCAUUCAGAAACAAACUAAUUUUAUAAAUUUUAAGUUUAACCAUUUUUUACAUUAACUUUUUCGCCUCCAAAAAAUAAAAAAAAUAUUUCAGGACAUACCUCAAAUAAAAAACCUACAACUAUCUCAAAUCAGUCUAAUCGACCCUAAGUUGCCACAUUUAUGUAUAGACCGAUCCAAUCCCAACAUAACCCUUCUCAGUAAGCUAGGUAUUGCCGGCUAUGCAUUUGUAGAAGUACUGUCAUUUAUUUGUGUAUUUUCUAUUUUUCGUAUUUUAAACGUCAAACGAGCCGCCUUCUCUAAAUUGACAUACAAAAUGCACACCCAACUUGGAAUAGCACUAGGUGCUCAGAUCAUGGCACCAGUACUAUUUGUAAUGCUGCCAGUUAUGUCUGUCGUCUACUGUGGUUAUAUGGGCUGGACUUUGAGCGAUCUGAAUGGGCAGAUUGUGAUACUAGCUAUAGAUUGUUAUGGUGGUAUAAGUUCGUGUUUGACCUUGUAUUUAAUAAAACCGUACAGAAGAUUUGUGUACGAUCAUGUGUUCCGUGCUAUCAGUUAUGUGGCUCAUGGGUCCGAGCGUGGUGACAGCAGUGUUUGGGCGAUAAAACUGAACAAUACUGGCAUUACCCAACAAUAG